UGAAUAAUAAUAAUGACAGUGACGAUAUAUCAUUGCCACCGACAAAGAAAAGAUCAGUUACAAAAAGUUUGAAUUCGGAACCUCAAUUGGAAGAGGUUUCUAAGAAAAAUAUUUCGAAUGAGGAAGAACAGGAAGGUUCUGUAGAUUUGAUAAGCGAUGACGAUGAAGAUUUACUUGAAGCUGCAAAAUUGGGAAAAUACCUGACAGAAGAAAAUCCUUUGCAAAAACUUAAGGCUGACAUGGACGAUGAAAACAUGAAAGAAUUACAUGGUGGUGAAAUAGAAAUUAAUAUCAAACAGCUUGGAUCUAAAAGUUCUUCAAUUUAUAAAGCUCCAACUAAUGAAGAAAUUCAGGGAUUAAAAGAGAUUUCUGGAUUAUUCAAAUCCAAUAUAUUUAAACUUCAGAUUGAUGAACUUUUGUCUGAAGUAAAUCUUGAUUAUAACGCAACAACACGUUUGGAGAACGCUUUACAUAAAUUAAAGCAGAUACUUGAGAAUAUUAAAGAUAAACCCGAGCUUACGAUUACUGAAACCACGGCUAAUAUGUUAAAAGAUCAUAAGGUUGUGAUUCCUUUUCCAGAUCCUCAGCCUACAGAUGAUAUAAAGAUUAGAUUUGGUUUUAAGAAACCGAGUGCCUUUUACAUUGUCGGGAGUUAUCCUCUGAAAACUGUAGCUCUUGGAAGAAACGGUUUUAACGUAGAUGUGGCUGUUAUAUUACCUCAGAGGUCGUAUUAUCUUGCGGUAUUGGCUGCUUCACUGCAAGAGAAUAAGUUAGGAUUGAACGUUAAUGUGGAAUUUGGAACACUUGAUGGCGACAAUCGUCGCCCUAUUCUAAUACUUAAACCUUCUAAAGAUCACUUGGAUACGGACUUUUCAAAGCUGAAUUGUGUAAUUAGAGUGUUGCCAAGUAUUUCACCGGAAACUUUUCCUUUAAAAAGAUUAUCCCCGUCACGUAAUAACGUUCGUCCACAUCAUGAAACAGAUGAUCCUCAACCUCCUAAUUCAAAUCUUCCACCAACUCCUCAAUACAAUAAUGCAAUUUUAUCAGACAUGUAUUAUGUAAAACAUCUGCAUGAUCUUUAUAAACAAACAAAGUUAUGUAGUGCAUUUGCAGAUGCAUGUAAACUGGCCAAA